CUUCUCGAUCUCAUUUCAUUUAAGCUAUAGCUGGACGUCCCAGAUCGAACAGACCACAUUGACACAAUUAACCAAAGCAUCGAUGGGUCGUUCUACAGGCUCUGGGAAUAACUUUCUCCAAGUUGUGGCCAACAACUUCGAUGUUCUUGCUUUACCUCUCGUCACUCUAGUCUUCCCCUUAUAUGCUUCGAUUAGGGCGAUAGAGACCAAGUCUCGUACUGAUGAUCAGCAAUGGCUUACCUACUGGGUUUUAUAUUCUCUCAUAACACUCUUCGAGAUCACCUUCGCCAAAGUCCUUGAAUGCUUUCCUAUUUGGCCAUAUGGCAAGUUGAUCGUGACUUGUUGGUUGGUGCUGCCACAGUUCAAUGGGGCAGCAUAUGUUUAUCGCCGGUUCAUCCGACCAUUCUACACGAACCCACAGAUCAUGACCAAUGGCCAGCAGAUCUGGUAUUUCCCGAGAAGCAAGGAUAAGAAGAACAUCUUCAGCAAACCAGAUGAUGUUUUAACUGCCGCUGAGAAAUACAUGGAAGAACAUGGCACUGAAGCUUUCCAGAGGCUUAUAACCAAGACCGACAGAGAAGCAAGAGGCAGGAGGAGCAACAAUUACAUGAUCUUUGAUGAUGAUUACAUGUACUAAUUAAUUAAUUGAACCAAUUAAGUUCUACU